CCGUGUCUCCGGUACAAACGCUCGGCCCUUACUCAAGCUGUAUAUUUUGUUAGUAGUUGCGCAACUCAACAGUUUACACACAACUACUAUGGGAACCGGAGUCGAAAGUAGACAUGUUCUGAAGAUGUCAUGGCAAAUGAAGAACUUCCUUUUUAGUCAUCCGUGGUAAUUGUAACCACAGUUGAAGUCGCGUCUGUUUUUAUUCUUUCUUCUCUUUCCGCAAAACCUGGGAAUAUUUGAGUUUCAAGGUCUUAAAGGGAAGCGAGUGUGCUGGCCAUGGAUAUUCGAGCAGGAAUGGCCACUGCAAGGCUCGAUUACGUCGCACCGUGGUGGACGUAUUGGCUUCACAAUUUCCCACACUUCAGUUUCUUUUUCCAGUCGGUCGACAACACUUUCAAGCCGGAGGAGGCGAGCUACCAGCAGUCUCUGAUAGUUCUGGCAUGCGUUGGUGCAGUGGGUCUUGGCCUGAGCCUACUGAUUCUGGCAGUAUACCUGGUCUGCCUCUGCUGCUGCCGCAAGGAAAUAGAUGAAGACACCAAAAGACCCGAUACCUGCUGCAUCACCUGGGCUGCCGUCAUCACGGGUCUCAUAAUAUGUUCUGCCGUAGGAGUGGGUUUCUAUGGAAACAGUGAGACCAAUGAUGGGGUGUACCAGCUGACCUACUCGCUCUACAAUGCCAAUCAUACAUUGGGUGGCAUCAAUAAUCUGGUUGCAGGAUCUAUGGGCAAUGUGGAAACUGGACUCAAACAGCACCUGGAACGGCUUGAUGAGAUCUUUUCUACAAGGACUGACUACCUCCAGGCGCUACGCUUCAUGCAGCUGAUGGUCAACAAUGUCAUCCGCGAGCUAACUGCUCUUCCAGACAUCAACAAAGCCAAUGUAGACUUGGCAGCCAUUGCUGACCAAACAGCUUUCAUUGAGUAUUACAGAUGGCUGACGUAUCUUCUGUUGCUGAUCCUGGAUCUGGUCAUCUGCCUGGCCUUGUGCUUGGGGAUGGCCAGGCAGUCUCGAUGGCUGCUCAUCACGAUCAUGGUUUUUGUAGUGCUGUCUCUGAUCCUGAGCUGGGCCUCACUGGGAGCAGGCACUGCUACAGCUGUGGGCACCAGUGACUUCUGUGUGUCUCCAGACAAGUUUAUUGUUAACCAAACCAAGGAUUUCCUCAGUGCAGAUGUUGCACAUUAUUAUUUGUUCUGCAGUCCGAAUCUACCAAACCCCUUCCAACAGUCUUUGACAAUCUGCCAGCGCUCUCUGACCACCAUGCAAAUCCAGAUCCAGGGCUUGCUGCAGUUCUCGGUGCCCAUCUUCCCCACCGCUGAGAGAGACCUUUUGGGGAUCCAGCGGCUGUUGAACUCCACUGAGUUCAGUCUACACCAGCUAACAGCCUUGCUCGACUGCCGUGGGCUACAUAAGGACUACCUGGAUGCCCUAAUGGGUGUAUGCUAUGAUGGGGUGGAAGGGCUCCUCUACCUCUCUUUGUUUUCUCUGCUGGCUGCCUGCGCACUCUCUGCCAUGCUGUGUGCAAUUUUCAGAGUCUGGACACUAAUGGGCAGCAGGGACAAAGAGUACGAUGACAUAGACGAGGAGGACCCGUUCAACCCUCAAGCGCGGAGGAUGUCCUACAACCCCAGAAGGUCCAACAUCCACAGUUUCUGUAGCUAUACCAGCAGCGUUGGCAGCCAGGCCAGCCUUCAUCCACCUCCACAAUCUGCUUCUAAUGCCAUGCAACCCCCUGAAUACAUGAAUCAAUCCAUGCUGUUUGGAGGGAGCCCUCGAUACGAGAACGUGCCACUGAUAGGGAGAGGAUCCCCACCUCCCUCGUAUUCGCCCAGUAUGAGGACCACCUAUCUGUCUAUGACUGAUGCCCAGAUCAGACACUUUGGGACUGACUUCCAGGUGUAGCCUGCCACUGAAUCCCUUUUCAGAGAAGCACUGUAUAAGACUCUGGGUUCUUACAAAGAAGGCUGUCUUCAUGGCAUAAUCCUGUUUACGGGAGCUGCAGCCCGCCGUCCCAAUCCGAGACAUGAAAGCAGGCCAUAUGAGGCAGUUACCUCACUAACACACCAGUGCAGUGCUCUGAAAGCCCUGCAUGCAGUUUUGAACAGAGAGGGCCUGCACAGGCUCAUCUCUAGACUGUUAUUGUUGUCAUGAUGUGUGGAAAUACUGUUGCUCAAAUGUAAGCAUUCCUAUGAGACAAAUUAAGGAGCCUGGAUAAAAAAAAAAAAAAGUUUUUUGCUCUUCCUAUACUCUGGUGGCCUGCAUGAAUAUGAUUAACAUUACAGAUCAACAGUAUUUUAAUUUGAAGUGAGAUGGUGGAGUAUGACUAAUACACAGACUGUCCAUCAUGACAUUUAAUUCUGAAAAAUCCCUACUGUUUGGCAGUAACUGGAUUCCUUCAUAUUUCAAGACAUUACCUAAACCAUACCAAAUAUUUUAGUUUCGCUGUGAAGGGCCAAAGAUGCUACUCAGUUGAUAUUUUUGAUUCAUUUUGUUGUUGUUUUUCUGUUUCUACAUGUGUAACUGCAACUUUUGAUGGCUCUUGCUGUAAUACUGGAUUGCAAUGUAUGACCUGCCUAUCAAGGAUAAGUCAAAUAGGCAUAGAUGAGGGGUUUAUUGUUUUGCUACAUUUGGAGACUGUGCUGCAGCUGCAUGUUGGAAAAUUUCCUCUGGACUAAAUAUGCACAGCAUAAUGGGAUUUGAUUCACAUCCAGGCAUUUAUAACAGUGCUGUGAGACAAUGGCAGCAAAAAAGACAAUUAAAACAAAACUGUCAGUAUGUGCUGUGUUAUAAUCAUACUCCAUUUUGAAAAACUAAAUAACACACAAAACCCAGUGCCACUAGUUACAGUCAGUUGGAAAAACAUGAAUCAACCCUUAAUAUCUUGUGAGAAACUGUUCCUUACAUUGUUGGAGAACUCUGCUGUAUGUUGUUUUCUAUGCUGGAUUAUGUAUCAAACUAAAAUAAUGUUUGACCAUAAAGUGCUGUAUGCAGA